GAAGAUUAUAAAGCUUCUAACAGGCGAAGAUGAUACCUGCACUCCCUCUCUCCCUCUCUGUCUCCUCUCUCUCUCACAUAUGGGCACAGAAAACUCCUGUUGGAAAGUUAUGAUGUUGCCAUGGCUGGCCUAUGGUCACAUCUCUCCAUUCCUAGAGCUAGCCAAGAGAUUAUCAAACAGAAACAUACAAACUUACCUUUGUUCCACACCUGCAAAUCUCAGUUCUAUCAAGAACAAAAUCCCUGGAAAAUACUCCUCUUCCAUUCAUCUUCUAGAGCUGCAUCUGCCUGAUUUCUUGCCUCAACUUCCUCCUCACAAUCACACAACCAAUGGCCUCCCACCCAACCUGAUUUCCAUCCUCAGGAAGGCUCUGGAUUCGUCGAAACUGGAUUUCUCCACGAUCAUGAAAUCCCUCCAGCCCGACCUAUUAAUCCAUGAUACACUGAUUGAAUGGGCCGCGGGCGUGGCGUUUUCAAACAAUAUCCCGUCAGUUUCUUUCUUAACUUCCGGUGCAGCAAUGUUUUCCUUCUACUAUCAUUCCCUGAUGAAGCCUGACGUGGUGGAGUACCCUUUCCCAGCCAUUAAAUUUACAGGCCCUGAGCACGAUAUGAUAAAUGGUAACAUUGAAUCUUUCAGAAAGAGGAGUCAGGAGAGAGAUCUUGAUAAUCAGGAAGCAACUGAACUCCUGCUGAUCAAAAGUUCCAAGGAAAUUGAAGGGAAAUAUAUAGACUAUCUUUCUCAACUUACGGAAAGAAAAAUCGUGCCUGUCGGGCCACUAGUCUCCGCUGAUCGAGGCCCUGAUGAUGAAAACUCUGACCUGAUGGAAUGGCUUGGAAAAAAAAGUGAGUUUUCGACUGUCUUCGUGUCGUUUGGGAGCGAGUAUUUCUUGAAAACAGAGGAGAUUGAAGAGAUAGCUUACGCAUUGGAGCUCAGCGACGUGAACUUCGUAUGGGUCGUCAGGUUUCCAGGAGACGAGGAAAAAAGGGUUCAGGACGCACUGCCUGGAGGAUUUCUUGAGAGGACGCAAGAAAAAGGUAAAAUUAUGGAGAAAUGGGCACCACAGGCAAAGAUUUUGGGACACCCAAGUGUUGGUGGAUUUGUUAGUCAUUGUGGUUGGAAUUCAGUGAUUGAGAGCAUCCACUUUGGGGUUCCAAUAAUCGCCAUGCCAAUGCAGUUCGAUCAGCCCAUUAAUGCAAAACUGGUGGUGGAAUUGGGAGUUGGUGUUGAAGUUGAUAGAGAUGAGAGAGGGAGAUUUAGGAGGGAGGACAUAUCGAAGGUGAUCAAAGAUGUUGUUGGAAUUAUUGGCGAAGAAUUGAGGAGAAAAGUUGGUGAAAAGAGAGAAACUUUGAGGGCUAAUGGUGAAGAAGAGAUUGAUGAACUUGUACAAGAGAUAGCGCAAUUGUGUGGAAAGAGUAGUGUUAAGGGAUCAUCCUUUAUCAAGUAAAAAUUGGAGCGAUCGACAGCACAUGGAUGGAGAUCAAGUUGUAUGUUCCCCUGGAAUGACUUGUAUUCAAGACCUUUAUUUGUUAGUAUUUUGGAGUUGUGUUAACCUUUGCCUAUGCAUUCCUAGUUU